AUGGACCUAUUCGGUCACAUGCGUGUCUAUGAGAACGGAAUUGAUCGCAGCCCCGACACACCUAGCACCUCCUGCACAUCCACCAUGCCUAGCCUCACCCACACUCCGCCGCCUAGCGCGUUCACCGCCAACAGCUCCAUCACACCCAGUGCAUCCUCCACACCCACCAUGCCCAGCCCACCAAAUGCUUGCCUACCACAACCACCACCACCGAGACCAGCCAAGCAUUCGAUUGCCUGCAGAACACCGUCUGGAAUCGUCACGGUCCUCACCUCGGCAAAAAAUCCAAGAUGUACAAAGCAGGCAUCUUGCCUAAGCUGCUAUACGGAGCAAAGCCCUGGACGGUGUGCAAAAAGGCGCGAAGACUCAACCACCUCCGCCUCAGCUGUCUUCGGCGGAUACUAA